UAUUAUGUAUCGAACAUCAUAUGCACCUUUUUAAUAACCGCCGGAUUUUUUUUUUCGUUCGAAAUUCCGCGCCAAAAUGUGACAUAACCGGAUUAUAGACAUCAGCAAAAGUGGUAUACCGGUCAUGGGUUUGGUGCUUUCUAUUCUCGUGACUUGUAUCGGUGUAGUCGAAUUGUUAACGCUUUAUCGGAAUAUUUCGAGGCAUUUGCGGGACCCGCCCCGUCGCGACGACCUUUCCGCGAUAAGCGAAAGAUACGCCAGGGAGUUGGGGGGAAUCCCCAGGAGGCCCAACCAGGAGUUCCGCAAAUACGCCGAGGAACCGCCGCCCAGUCUCAGGCUCAACAGCCACGAGGACGUGGAGAUCGAGUUCUUCGAAGAGCUGCAGAAAUCCCGGUCGCCCAGUCCUCGGAGGUUUUUGGUCACCGAGAAGGAGAGGAGCUCCUCGCCCAGGAGGUUCGUGGUGACUGAGGAACGGUCGAGCGAGGCUCUGAAUGAUUUACCGGAGUUUUUGAUAGAGGAGGAUAAAUGCGCGGAAAAAUCGGCGAGUAAACCGAGGUAUAUUUUGAAAGAAAGAGCAAACGAGGAAUCGCCUAUACCUUUACCGAGGCAAUUUAUCGUAUCCGAAGACGUUAUAAACACGAUCGUUUUCAACGAGACCGAUUUCGAGGUACCAGAAACCCCAGAAACCUCAGCUUCAUCGUUUCUAUUAAUCGAUACUCCAUCGGUUCCGAGGAACAGCAUCUGCAACGAACUCGUAGAGGAACCCUUGAGAUCCUUCGAGCCCAUCAGAGGCGAAAAAGUCGAUGUUAUACUCGAGAAUACGAAUUACAAUACUACUCAGUAUUGGACGAAUAAAGUAUUAGUGGUGCCCAGCGCGCCUUCCAGAUCCAGGUCCGUUUCACCAGAUAAACAUUACACUGAUGCACUAGAAGGACAAGAUGUGGUUAGAUUAAACGAGAAAUACUUGGACGAUUUGGAUGGUGUUAGUAGAACUAAGAGUAUCAGUAGAAGGAGUAGAAGGAGCAUUAAACGAAGAAAUGCUGAAAAAUCUCUGAAUUCCGUUGAUAAAACGAGUGAAAUUUUGAAGAAUGCGGCCGAAGAGUUGGAAAAGGUGUCUUCACGUGAUGAAUUACAACCGGGUACUAGUUCGUCCGGUUCAAAAACAGGAGAACCUUUUUGGGUAAAAUAAACUUAGAACUAUGAAUGAAGAGACUUGGUUUUAAAGUUUUAGUAGAAUUUUAGUUUGUUUCGCAUAAUUUUUUUUGUAGCGUGUUUAGAAUCACAAAAUAUAAAAACCUCAAACAUUCAUUAACAAACAAGUUUUUUUUGUUGUUUUCCCAAUAACGCUUAUUUAAUCAGUUUGAAGCAUAAAUCUAGCAAUGUUUUAAAAAAAAUACUUAUUUAUUCCUCGCAGUGUUGUUAAGUAAUUAAUUA